UGAGCUAUAAAAAGAGAAGCUUUAAUUUAAUAUUCUGUCACUACCGCAAAGGAAAGCUAAGCAAAUGUUUCACAAAGCACUUGUCGUAAAAGCAAUACUAUAUGCUGCAUAUUGUAGGAUUAGUUUCUAUAUGGAGUUAAACGAGACUAAAUGGAGCAAGCCAAAGCAUCAUCUGAGGAUCAAUCAUCACAGCUCACCAUUAAUGAAGCUCAAGCAUCUCACAAACAAGGGGGGUGGAUCACAUUCCCUUUUAUCGCAGGGAGUGUGUUUGGGCUUGGCUUGGCCAUAAGUGGAGCCAUGAGUAAUUUCAUCGUGUAUUUGAUAAAGGAGUACAACGUGAAGAGCAUCGACGCCGCGCAAAUCUCAAACAUCGUCAACGGUUGCACAAGCGUCUCACCCGUCAUCGGUGCGAUCAUCGCCGACGCUUAUUUCGGGUGUUACCCAGUUUUUGCCUUCGCCAUUGUUAUCAACUCGGUGUCCCUAGUCUUGUUCACCGUAACUGCGGCCGUCCCGUCGCUACGUCCUAUGCCAUGCUCACUCAGCUCAGACUCAUGCAAACCUGCAUCGGCGGGCCAGUUGGCGGUCCUGUACGCCGCGGUGGCCCUGCUGGCCGUCGGGGCCGGGGGAACCCGGUUCAACAGUGCCACGGUUGGCGCGAACCAGUUCGACAAGGCCCAGGACCAGGAGGUUUUCUUCAACUGGUUCUUCAUUCUGCUCUACGCCGCGUCGAUCAUCGGCGCCACGGCCAUCGUCUACAUUCAAGAUAGAGUAAGCUGGGCCUUGGGCUUUGGCCUGUCCGCCGGGAUCGCGGCAAUCGGUGCGGUUGUUCUGUUCCUUGGGUCAAGAUAUUAUAAAAGGCCCCCGGCCCAAGGGAGCCCAUUUAUGGGCCUAGCCCAAGUUGUUGUUGCUGCAGCAAGGAAGAGACACAUCACUGUGGUAGCACUGGGGACUGUGACUUUUUACUACGGGACUAGUAGUGAUCUGGUGGCGAAUGCAAAGAAGCAGGUUCCAAGUGAGAGCUUCAGCUUUCUAAACCGAGCUGCGGUGAUCACCCGCGGCGACACGACCGCCGACGGCUCCGUCGCCAGGCCGUGGCGCCUCUGCACCGUGCAGCAAGUCGAAGACUUGAAGACCGUCGUCCGAAUACUGCCCCUCUGGACCACCUCCGCCUUCAUCAGCGUCUCGAUCGGCGUCCAGGGCAGCCUCACCAUCCUCCAGGCGCUCACCGUCGACCGCUCCCUCGGCCGAUUCACCGUCCCCGCGGGCUCCAUGCUCGUCUCCUCCCUCGCGGCCGUCAUCGUCUUCCUCGCCCUCCUCGACCGCCUGCUCCUCCCGGUCUGGCACCGCCUCACCCACCACACCCCGACGCCACUCCAGCGCAUCGGGGCCGGCCACGUGCUCAACGCAACCGCCAUGGUGGCCUCCGCUCUGGUCGAGCGGAAGCGCGCGGCGAUAGUGCGCAGGCACGGCGCGGAGAGUCAGGCCGGGUGGAUCGUGCCGAUGUCGGUGCUGUGGCUGGUGCUGCCGCUGGUGCUGGUCGGGUUCGGGGAGGCGCUGCACUUUCCGGGGCAGGUCGGAUUAUACUACCAGGAGUUUCCGCAGGCGCUGAAGAGCACGGCGACCGGGAUGGUGGCGCUGAUCGUCGCGCUCGGCUUCUACCUCAGCACGGCAGCCAUCGGCCUCGUCCGGCAGGCCACUGAUUGGCUGCCGGACAAUAUAAACGACUCCAGGCUUGAGAACGUGUAUUGGAUGUUGGCAGUGUUGGGCGCAGUCAACUUUGGGUACUACAUCCUAUGUGCCAAGCUCUACAAGUACCAGCGCGCUCCCAACAACACUGAAGAUACCAAAAAUUAGGGUUUUGUUUGAUGCUAUAUAUCAAACUGUUGUAGGGCAUGCGAGAACUCGUUUCUUUUUAUGCUUGCAUGCUUGGUUGCUUUACUACGACACUAAUGAACAAAAGUUUGAAGAGAGUUAGUAUAUA